UUGAGCACUGUUGAUGCAGUGGUAACUGAUGAAGGCGAUGAAAGUCCAAGCAGUAAACGGGAAAGUGACGGAGAGCUUGUAACUUUUCAGGAACUCGGGAGGAAGAAGCAUCACAUUCCCUGUAGUCAACGUUGGGUAAUGGCGACUCCCCUGCCUCAAUCUUCCUAACCCCACCAGAAGAAUUAACGUCCCUUAGCUCUCUCCCUGUUCCUCUCUCAAGUUUUUCGACUCCACCACAAGGCUUUCUCCUCUGUCUCUCCCGACAUGACUGCAACAAAUUCUUCCGCUCCCCAGCUGUUCAGUGGCGGAAACGAAAUGGCCAACUUGAUUCUGUCGACCGGCGUUUUGCAGAAGGGGUGGAGCUGCGUGACGGAGCUGCAGCAGCAGCGGCAGCCCUUCUCCGUCAAACCCUUCCGCAGGUUCACUAUCGUCGCCUUCAGCAGCAGCGCCGCCCCCACUAUGGACGAGGCGCAAGGCUGGCUGGAUCCCUCUCUCGAGCUGCUGGAUAAGAGCAGCAGCAGUCCGCUGGCCUUCCUCGCCACCAAGGACAACACCAGGAUCUCCAUCCACCGCCCAUCCCACUCUGCCUUCCUCCACCUCCUCCUCAACCCCGCUCUCACGGAUCAGCUCAAGGAACUACAGCUCAAGAAACCAGGUGACCAGAAGAAACAAACCCAGCUCAUACUGGUGGGUCGCUCCCUAGGGGGCUCAGUUGCCGCCUUGUUCGCUCUAUGGCUCCUCAAGAAGCGGAGUGAAAGCAAAGAUGCCCUCAUAACCCCUAUAUGCAUUACUUAUGGAUCCCCUUUCAUUGGAGACGCCGGGCUGCAGAGAGCCAUCAGCAAGGUUGAGAAACUGAAGUCCCACUUCUGGCACGUCGUUGGAAACGACGACAUUGUCGCCCGUGCAUUCGUCGUCCCAAGGCUAGCAUCUCAGGUGGUUCCAGAUGCACCUGCAGAGUUCAAGCCUUUUGGCACCUAUUUUCUCUGCUCCAAAGUCGGUUGCACAUGCGUGGAUCAUCCCGAUUCAGUUCUUGAUCUGCUGCAAAUCAGGGAUGUGGACCCUGCAGACCUGCAUGUCCAGGCGUAUGACUAUGGUGCCGUGCUUCAGCAACUCAAGGAGAAGAUCAGGAACAAAAGCAGUGCUCAACCGCGAGGCAACUCCUCAAUCCAAAUAGGAUUAUCUCUGCAGCUAGAAGCACUUGGAAUAAUGGCUCAUCAGCACAAGGAUUUGCUGAUUGAAAUGGAAUGCAGAGAGAGGGUUGUGGAUAUUAGAAGAAAAGGUGCUCAAAAUCCCUCCAAGAAGUUCAAUGACGCGAAGAAGCAGAUGGCAUUGCUGGAGUGGUACAUGAAGAGGUGUGAGGAAGGGGAAAUGGACUACUAUGACUGCUUCAAAGAGAGAAACGCAGAGAGGGACUAUGAUGUCAUCAAUUUCAAGAACGUCCUCAACAGGUACUGGAAGGAGACGGUAGAGGAGGCCGAAAACAACCCGCAAACUAGCGACGUCCCGCUCCGAGACAGGUUUCUCUUCUCAGGCACGACGUACAGGCGCAUGGUCGAGCCGCUCGACAUUGCUGAUUACUACAGGAAGCCCAGGAACAGGGACUACGUGAACAAGAAAAGGGCUCCCCACUACGAAACGCUGGAGAGAUGGCACGAGGCUUCAGUGAAAUCGAAGAAGGAAGAGCCGAAGGAGAAGAAAGCUAAGAUCAUGACAGAGGACUCGUGCUUCUGGGCACAUGUGGAGGAGGCUGCGUUGACGGUGAAGGAGUUGAAGGGGAGGCGAGAACAAGGUGAUAUGGAACUGGAUGGUCUCAGGAAUAAGCUGAAAAACUUCGAAGGCUAUGUCUGGAAGUUGAUCGGCAACCAUGCGUUGUCCACUACAGUCUUCUUCGAACGCAGCACUUUCAUGAAAUGGUGGAAACAGUACGAGAGCGAGCUGCAGCAUAGCUCAGAAUUCACUAGUUACAUGAAGAGUGGGGACUAUCGCUGCUACAAAUGAGAACCGAGCAAAAACUUGGCUGAAAUAAUGUGCGGGCAUGCACACACAACGUGAGGGGGGUUUGAUAUCUACUUGUUUCUUUUCACUGACCUGUACUUUCAAUGUAGUAUGAAUCCUACGCUCUUGUUUUUCCUUUUCUGAGCAAGGCUUCUGUUCUCAAGUUAUUGAGUAAAGAAAUUCAGUUUGAGUCUUCCACCUA